CUACUUAUCUCCAUAAAUGUUCAUCGGCAACAUUUUUUAAUAACGCUCGUCAACUUUGAAAGAGAAAGUUCGCCCACAUAUGUAAUAUUUAUCUUCAGCGUCACAGUUUUACCUCACUGCCAAAGGUUUGAAUGAGUCCAACUUUCCACACCAAACCUUUCAGCUAUCAUGCGACCAAUUCGUCCAUUUAUUUAUUCAGCUGUUCAGUUGUUUUUCAAUGGACUAACGGCGAACCAACCCUCCGAAGAAGGCAUCAAUAUUCGUCAUCGUUUCAUCACCACGUGCUUCUCUUUACGUCGGUAGUGUGUGUCACUUGUGACGCGCUGGUUCCGCCUCCAUCCCGGCGCGCAGUGACACACAAACACACACUCUCCGGCUGCUCCACGGUGGAUCCUCCAGUCUCGACCGAACGUGAGGGGCAUCAGCGGAGCUCCGCUGCUCUGACCUCGGCUGCUCUCUGGGAUGGCCCUCUGAGCCCGCAGGAAUCAUGCCGACGGUGCUCUGUGGAGGAGGGAAACUUUCCAGCGUCUCUGUCGUCUCCACUGUCUACCAGGUGAGUUUGGGAUGCUUGCAAAUCGAACAUCUGCAGACUUGAGUGGUUCGUCGAGUCAUUUCAAGAAUCCGUUGAUGUCGCAGGUGUUGUGGGUUUUCUGAGCCUCAGUGGACUUCUUGCUUCUGGGUAUUGAUGAUGAUGAUGAUGAAGAGUGGCACUUACAAAAACCGAUUCAAACAUGGAUUCAUGUAGAAUGAAUUCCUCAUUCAGUUAAUUGAAAUAUAUAUUUAAAACCAUGAGAUUUUUCAUGAGAGUGCUGGUUGUGAGUUCAAAUCCAGCUUGCGCUCCAAUCAGUGCUGAGGUUUACACGUUUAUGUGGGUUCGUCUGGGCACUCUGGUUUCCUCCCCCAGUCCACUAACACACAGAGGUCACUUGAUGACCCUUUCCAAUUGUCCGUCAUUUUGAAUGAGUGGUGGUCUGACUGAGUGAUCUCUUCAGGGUGUCCACCCGCUCUCACCCAAUGGAGCUGGGACAGUUCUCCGCCCAUGUGAUUCUGGUGUCAAACUUAAUCUUGUACUAAUAAGAGUUUAAACAGAAGUCAGUUUCACUUUCAAUUCACCACCUCACAACUCAAGAGACACUGUCUUUUGCCAUCAGCUUGACUACAGAUUUGUGCUCCCAUCUUUCGUCUGGGUUUUGGUGCUCUGUGAAUUCUCAGUGGAGCUAGUAAACACGGUGGUACUUACAGUAACAUGAGUAGCACUAGAGCUUCCAACUGCGUUAACAAUAGUCGCAAUAGCUGUAGCAGGAGUUGCAUGAAAAAGUAGCAGUGGUGGUACUUGCACUUAAAGCAGAACUAUUACACAGCGGAAGUAGUAGCAGCUGUAGUAGUAGUGGUAGUAGUGGUGAUUUAAAGGGCCCUAAACUCUGAGCGAAUGCGGAAACAAUAGAGACACUGGAAAGUUUCCCUUGUCCUGUUGAAUUUGAUUAUGAGACAGAAUUUCUUACGGGGCCACACGCAGUGACUCGGCGGCCAAGGUUUGGCCCCCAGACCCUGGGGGACACACAUGCAUUGCUGGAACAAGUGGAAGAAAAUGAAUGAAUGAAUAGUACUGUAUAAGUGUAGUAGUAAAAUGGUUGCUGACAUGGCACUAGUAGCUGCAGUAUAUGGUGUAUUCAUAGUAACUAUUUGUAGUGCUAUAGUUGUAUAGUGACAGUGCAAACUGAUACUAACUCCACUACCUUGUAAAACUGAUUGAAUAAGUCAUAUUAUUCAUAGUAUCUAUGUACAUGUCUUGUGGCUGUGCUAAUAGUGGUAGUAUUGUUCUUAUCAGGAGAAUCAGAUUAGUAGAUGCAUAGUGUACUACUAUAGAUUGGCAAGUGUGUUGGUGUAGUAGCUGAAGAGGUGAUUGUAAUGGCUGUAGCAGUAAUAGUAGUUGUUAUUCAAAGUGAAAUUUGUCAUAUUGGAGGUAUUCAUAGUCGAAUAGUGGUAAUAUCAGCAGUGGCAACAGUGUUGAUCUCUUCAUGGUAUAGUUGUUUUAAUUGUGGAAGAAAAGGUGGAAGCACUUCGAGUGAGUUUACUGUUGCAGUUGGGUAUCAGUUGUGGUAUUAAGAGAGUGGAAGUUGUUGUGCAACUGUCAUGAUGUGAUGACCAAGUGUCAAGUCUCAAGUGUGCAGCUCAGGUGUGGACGAACCCCAGUGACUGGAGUGUUUCUCAGGAAGUUUUGCCUGCCUGGCUGUGUGCUGUGUAAUGAACCUCCCUGCAGCUGAAGAGGUGAUGUUUGAUCUAUUUUAUGCCUCGUCAUUUCCUCCCGUCCUCAGCCCACUUUCUUCGCAGUCGCAGCCGAGGCGCUCAGAGAUUGACCUCAUGAGUCAUGCUUUCACAGGCGACAUGUGCGUCUCCUCCCUGAUGAUGUCGCCACUGUGGGUUCCAGAAACACGCUGAGGUUAAUUCUGGCCCUGAAAGGACAGCGUGAGCGAAGAAUUCGGAACUGUUUGUGCUUCACCUCUCUGGCGUUCGAUUAUUCCUCUGGGUGCUUCGUGCCCAUCGAUGCUUCAGAUGGCCUCACGUUACUGGAGCUCCGCAGAAACAAGUCCAUAUGUCCUGCAGGACCUGAACUCAGACCGGGCUUUUCUGUGGGAACAACCUGCAUUCAGACCUCCUCACCACGGAGGGAGGUGGUGUCCUCUGUCACAUGACCCACAACAGCCUACAAAUGAACAUAGCAAGAGUGCUAAUCGAGACGUAAACAACAAUGGCAUACGAUCCCAUACAAACAAGUGAAUGUUUCUGCAUCCUCACCGUCUCCCUCUCUUCUCAUGACAGCUCAACCAAUACGAAAUAAUACCCAUUUGGAGCCAUGAAUCGACUGCCACCUGCUGUCCAGCUGAGCACAUUGCUAUCAGCGAUAUUUCAAAUGCUAAAAAGGUGAUAAGGAGCCAAAGCUGUGCCGCAGACGUUCUGGAGGACAUGACUCAGUCCUGGCCGACCCAGCAAGCCUUAGGCGGCGACCAGGCCCAGCGGAUCCUCUACAGCCAGAAGCAGGAAGCCAAGUCGUCGGCGCUGCAGCAGAGGCAGGGUCGGGGGGAUGUGCCACGAAUGACCCGUCGCCCUCAUGUGGCGCCUCACAAAUCGAUGCUCGUAGACGACCUGAGAAUCAGCAGUGACGAGGACGAGGACCAAAGGAAGUCAAGCCAUGAAUCAGCGUCCUGGGAUGGACAAAGAGUGUCAGCGCACACACAUGGCAGGCGGGUGAGAAAUUCCAGCUCGGACUCUUCAGGCUCAGAUGCCACAGUCCACUCGAUCGGCAGCAGCAGCAGCAGCCUUCCCUCCCGGAGCCCCACAGCUGACCCCGAUCCUCCUUCACCUCCCAGCACGGGGCUCCCGGACAACCAGGAGACGGAUCUUCGCUCGUCUGCCCAGUGGCAACUGGAUAAGUGGCUGAAUUCCCAGGAAAAAUUAGGAGGAGGUGAUCAUUAUUCCAACCAAAGCAUUCCAGGACGGCUGCCCCCUCUGCAGAGAGCCCCGUCUCCCGCAAGCUGCUGGGACAACAGCAACCAGGAGUACAGCCCCGUGCCGAGCCCUCAGUUCAGUUACAGCCCCCUGCUGAGCUCUGGGGACAGAGCGUGCCCAAGUCCUGGUCCACUCACCGCUGCAAGUCCCGCCUCUGUUGCAGGGUACGGCCCAGAUCCAAGUGACUGCUUGCGAGGGAGCCCCUUACCUAAGGAGCGCCCCCCGUUGCCUCAGGAGCCGCCGCACUGCAAGAGUCAACAGAAUCCAAAACAUUUGCCAACUGUUUCCCACCGUCCAAAACCAACCUCACAUCACAACAAAUCCACAAAGACUUCUGAUGCUUCCCAAAGGAGCAAGACCAGACCCUCUGACAAACGCAGGGAUUCUGCACCCACAGUUCCCAGCCACAGUUACAGAGCCGGUUCGCCUUUAAGCCAUUCAAAGCCCAGACACUCGGAGCAGAGUCACAGGUCCAUUCAAAGCCACAAGCCUUCUGACUCGCAGAGUAGUCAAAGAAGACCAGCAGCUCAUUGUAAAACAAGCAACGGGCAACAGUCUCAGUCGAGUUCCAAUUCAGCGAGUCAUUCAAAGUCCAGAUGCAGCCCAAGCCGGCAGCUGGCUAGGUUAGAGCAUGGUGGCCACUCCAAAAUAACAAAGAGGAAACCCCAGUCAAAGGAGGAGGAGAGUCGCAGAGAAACGCCAGCCGCCAAAGCAGACAGGAGAAGCCUCGGCAGAAGGGAAGGCGGAAGAAAGAAGGGAGAAGUCCAAGGGAAACCGGAUCAAAAGGACAGGAGGCUGGCGGAGGAGCAGUUGCUAAGACGGUCCUGGAUCCAGAGCUCCACUGAAGAGGAGGAAGAGGAAGUGGUGGCAGAAGAGAGGCAGAGGAGAAGAGAAAGACAAGGCGGAAGAGGAAUCACAAGCAGGGGACAUGAGUGGAAAGCAGCCAAACCGAAGCAGGGCCUGACGGAAAGAGGAGACCUUUCGGUUCCACCCUCUGACUGUCCCACUCCCGACAGACUCUCCCCAUCGUCCACCGCCUCCUCCAAUUCAGAAUCGGAUUAUGAGGCCAAAAUUACCAAAGUGCCCGCAGACUCUACCUCACACAAGAGGCUCCGCACAAGUCACAGCGCAAAGGCUUCCUGCCGAUCUGAAACCAGUGCAGGUGUCCAGCAGAAGCGGAGACUCUACACUUUGGUCCCUUUCGGGCGCAGCGAUGAAGCCUCGACUCUCUCUCAGCGUGGCCUGAGGAAUCUGGUGGUGCAGAUCGACCUCUGUCUCCUUAAGAGGGUUCCGGACUCCAGCGCUAGUCAACCAUCCUCCAUAUCCAGGAAAGACAAGCCUGCAGAGACCAUGAAGCACCUGUCUCCUCCGGAAACCAAUGACAGCAAAAGAAAACGGAGGCUGGAGAAUGGUGUUUCCGACCAAGAGGGAAAGAAAAAUAUUCCAGAUGCAGGAGAAGAUAACUUCUCCACACAGACCAUUCAUAAUGGGAUUUUGGAGGAGUACCUGGACAGCAAGCGGCCCAUGUCUCCCCUCUCUCCAUUGUCUGAUAGCCCGGAACCAAACAAGCAGAAACCCAGAUGUACGGAGAUGCUCCAAAAGAAGAACUGUGCUGUGAAGCCUAAGCUUGAGGUUGACUGCAUAAAGGUGUCGAGGCACUCACAGCCGUCCACGGAACCUUGGAGCUCUGCAGGACUUCGAGGAACCGUGUCCAACUCUGAGACGCCCCAUCAUGCUGAGUACUAUUUACACGAAGCCAAGAGGAUGAAGCACCGCGCGGACGCUAUGGUGGACAAACUGGGAAAGGCGGUGAAUUACGUGGACGCCGCUCUGUCCUUCAUGGAAUGUGGGAAGGCUAUGGAAGAGGGUCCGCUGGAGGCCAAGUCCCCGUACACCAUGUACUCGGAAACCGUGGAGCUCAUACGGUAUGCGAUGAGGUUAAAGAGUCACUCGGGCCCCGGAGCCAGGCAGGAGGAGAAGCAGCUGGCCGUGCUGUGCUUCCGGUGCCUCGCCCUCCUCUACUGGCAGAUGUUCCGUUUGAAGAAGGAUCAUGCGCUCAAGUACUCCAAAGUGCUGCUGGACUACUUCAAGACUUCCAAAGUGCCAACCUUACAACUGAGCUGGAACGACACCCUCAAAGACGCAGCCGACGAUCCCUCUUCUCUUUCCUCUGAGGCCAAACAGCGACGGCGGGGGUCACACGGGGACAGAACUUCUCCGUCUCAUAUCAGCAUUCCUCACCGCAUCCACCAGAUGGCAGCAAAUCACCUCAACAUCACCAACAGUGUCCUGUACAGCUACGAGUACUGGGAGGUGGCAGACAACCUGGCGAAGGAAAGCAAAGAGUUCUUCAACUACUUGAACACCUUGUCUGGGCCUCUGACGCUCCACAGCUCUAUCGCUCACGCGGUCCAGUACACCAGACAGGCUCUUCAGUGGAUACGCAUCAGUGCCAAACUCAACUGAAGGUUUUACCUCAGGACGAAGACAAAUUCGGCUUCUCAACCUCGCUACAGAGGAUGUUUGUUUCUCUGCCUGGACAUGGACUCUUGAACAAAUGUCCACUGGCCAGAGAAGACUGAUUAUUUAUACACAACAACAACAUCCUCUACAGACUUUUUACCUUUUUUCUACCUGACUUUUCUAUCCCUCUGUUUUUGUAUUGUGCAAUAGUGACUUUU